AUGUCGGCAAAGGACUACUACCACGGUGGCGGCCCCCCCAAUGGCCAGUACGGCGCGCCCCCCGGCCAGGGCUACGGCCAGCCCCAGUACGGUCAGCCCCAGGGCGGAUACUACCCCCCGCCCCCGCAGCAGAGCUACCAGCAGCCUGGCCAGUACUACCCCCAGCCAGCGCCUCAGCCGGUCUACGUCCAGCAGCCCCCCCAGCAGAAGGACUCGGGCGGCGGCUGCUGCACCGCGUGCUGCGCGUGUCUUGCCGCAACCAUCUGCUGUUGCUGCGCCGGAGAUAUGCUCUUCUAA